AAAUUCGUACAAUGUCAUACUUCUGCAACCCUAAAGCCAAGCCCUGCUGCUUCGUUGAGUUCGUUCUUGUCUCUGAGACCAUUCCUCCGACCGACAAACGGUGAAGAACCGGCAGGCGUCGCUUUCACUUCAAGGAGCGGACCGAAUCAGCCGGCGGAGAAUAAAGGAGGGAUUAUUCAAACUGAAAGAGGGCAAUUAGGCUGAAAGUUUCUACCUUGAGGAAUUAAUCAUUUCGUGUUUUAGAUGAUCUGAAAAAGAAUACCCUGCACAAGAUAGCACUCUCUUGCUUGCUCGAGGCUUAAGGCAUCUAGAGAGAGGAGUUAGAUGGCGUUUCCAAUAGCAUCGCAAAGUUCUGCAGUGGAAGCUUCUUUUUCUCAUUGUCUGCAUGAUCGCUCUGGCCAACUGGGCCCCAUUCCUGGUAUUGAUAAGAUCUUCAUGAUUAGAGUACCUAGCUUUCUCGCCAAUUGCUCAAUUAGAUGCAACAGUGAUGCGCAGUUUUGCUAUUCAAGCCGGCGCAUUGGCAGUAGUGGAAGAUGUUUUAGUACUUUAUUGCACAGGGUUCAGCAGCAAAGUAUUAGCUUAAAUGAAAUUGAUGCUGCCCAAAAUGUGUGGGUUUCCGAAAGUUACUUAAAUGGUGCGGAGAGAACAACCAGAGAGCAAGGCAAGUCCAGGAUAGGUUCUAGUUCUUCUGACGGUUCUUUUGUUGGAAACAAUGAGGAAACAAACAAUAAUAUUCUUCAAAGCCUGUGCAGCAAAGGAAGAUUAGUACAUGCAGCAAAGCUGGUAGAUGUCAUGGGCCGGCACAACCAAAUUCCUCAUUUUCCUUCCUGCAUAAACUUGAUAAGGGGCCUUAUCAGGAUUGACCGGCUAGAAAAUGCUGCCAAAGUCCUCACGGUAAUGGUUAUGUCUGGUGGGAUUCCAGAUGUCAUCACGUACAAUAUGAUGAUCGGUCGUCUUUGUAAGAGAGGACAACUGAGAGCUGCCAUUGAUCUCUUUGAAGAUAUGAGCUUGAGUGGUUGCUCUCCCGAUGUAAUUUCUUAUAAUACCAUUAUCCGCAGUAUGUUUGAUCAUCGUAAUUAUGAUCAGGCUAUUGGGUUUUGGAAGGACCAAUUGAGGAAGGGCUGCCCUCCCUUUCUAGUCACUUACACCAUCCUAAUUGAGUUAGUCUGCAGACACUGUGGAACUGCACGGGCGGUGGAAGUAUUGGAAGAGAUGGCCAUAGAAGGUUGCCAUCCUGAUAUUGUGACGUACAACUCGUUGGUUAAUUACACAUGCAAGCAGGGCAAGUAUGAUGAUUUAGCUUUAGUGAUUCAUAAUCUAAUCAUUCAUGGGAUGGAGCCCAAUGUUAUAACUUACAACACUCUUCUUCAUUCUCUCUGCACCCGUGGGUGUUUGGAUGAAGUGGACGAGAUUCUUGCAAUCAUGAAUGAGACCUCACGCUUCCCCACAGUUGUGACUUACAAUAUUUUGAUCAAUGGUUUCUGUAAGUUUGGUCUUUUAGAUCGUGCCAUCAAGUUCUACAAUCAAAUGGUUCAGGAAAACCACUUACCUGAUAUUGUAACGCACAACACCCUCUUGGGUGCUCUUUGUAAGGAGGGCAUGGUCAACGAGGCAGUCCAACUGCUACACUUAUUGUGUGGUACGAGCUCUGCUCCCAGCCUGAUUAGUUACAAUAUCCUUAUUGAUGGCUUUGGCAAAACCGGUGAUAUGAAGAAAGCAAUGUCGAUAUAUGAUGAAAUGAUGGAUAAUGGUAUCAAAGCUGAUGAUAUCACCCACCGGUCCAUGUUUUGGGGCUUCUUUCGGGCAAAUCAACUCGAGGAUGCUGUAGACAUUCUGAAGGAGAUGAGUAAAAGGAAUCACAAGAUUGGAGAUGCUGCUUACAGAUCCAUGAUCAAUGAACUCUGUAGAAAUAAGAAAGUUGACAUUGCCAUACCAGUUCUUGAUAUGAUGAUCUCUAGUGAGAAGAAGCCCGAUGGGAUGACUUACUCGACUUUUGUCGACAGCAUAGCUGCAGCAGGUAUGAAGGAAGCAGCUGACGAGUUGCGCCGUGAGCUUAUUGGACGGAAAGUUCUCACUGACAAGAAUAUUACCCAAUGAACAGUGAAGAAACUUAGUCAGAGAUCCCAAGGCAGCCGAUUUCUUCUUUGUUGAUGUACACAGUGUUCUCGAGGUGCUCUCCUGUCUUUCACUUCAUUGUCUUCCCCUUUGGUGUCAUUCUGUUGCUUGUUGCCUCUUUAGCCGUUCAUACAUGUCACUUGAGGAGGUUGAUCAAACAAGAAGCAGAUUCCCCUUGUUUCUGUAUUAGCGCGAAUCAUGACCCAAUGGCAACUGGGCAUUAGAUUCCCAAUGGCAACUGGGCAUUCUCAUGCGUAUGGUGAUCAGAACAGGCAUAUACACGUGCAAGUUCGUCUCUUGGAAAAUUGUAGCUUAGCAUUCUCUUACAAAGAUGGUCACAAAGUUUAAUAAGCU